AUGGUGGUAUUUUCGGGCCUUCGAGGCAUCGCCGCUCUUUCUUUAUUCUUCUCCUGGGUUCAGCAAGCAUGCAGUCUUUCUUUGGUUGUGAACAAGGCGGGAGGUAAUGCUUCUAGCCCACUCCUGUACGGGUUCAUGUUCGAGGACAUCAAUCACUCCGGAGAUGGAGGUAUUCAUGGCCAGAUGCUGCAGAACCCUGGCCCCCAGGGUUCUUCGCCGAGUACCACUGCAUGGACUGCUGUCGGAAAGGGCACUAUUGCUGUCGACAGUGAGAACCCACUGAGUUCAGCAAUCACUCACUCGUUUAGGCUAGACGUCGCAUCGGGUGCCACCGGGGCUGUCGGCUUCAUCAACGAUGGAUACUGGGGCAUUCCUGUUGAUGGAAACGAGUUCGAGAGCUCUUUCUGGAUAAAGGGUGACUACUCAGGCAAAUUCACAGUUCGCCUCCUUGGAAACAGCACCGGCACAGUAUAUGGUUCCAAGACUUUCACCCAUAAGUCCAACUCGAAGACCUUCACGCAAGCGUCUGUGAAGUUCCCAAGCAAGAGAGCUCCAGACAGCCAUGUUGUGUACGAGCUCACCGUAGAUGGCAAGGCUGCUGCGGGCUCUUCUUUAUAUUUCGGUUAUAUAACUCUUUAUGGGAAAAUGUAUAAGUCGAGGGAGAAUGGAUUACGCCCACAAAUUGCCAAUUAUCUGGCAGAUGUCAAGGGAUCCUUCUUAAGAUUCCCCGGAGGAAACAAUCUCGAAGGAAACAGUGUGGACAACAGAUGGAAGUGGAACGAGACAAUAGGUCCAUUGGAGGAUCGUCCAGGACGCGAAGGUACUUGGGAUUAUUGGAACACCGAUGCCUUAGGGCUAGCAGAAUAUUUCUACUGGUGUGAAGACCUAGGUCUCACGCCAGUUCUAGGCGUGUGGGCUGGAUUUGCUUUGGAUUCCGGUGGUGGCACCCCCUUGACGGGCGAUGCUUUGACACCCUAUGUAGAUGAUGUUCUAAAUGAACUCGAGUACAUCCUAGGUGAUAAGAGUACCACUUAUGGCGCCCUCCGUGUUUCGCACGGACAAAAGGAACCAUGGAGCCUCACAAUGGUCGAGAUCGGCAAUGAAGACAAUUUGGGUGGAGGAUGUGCCUCAUAUCCCGAGCGCUUCACAGCAUUCUAUGAUGCUAUCCAUGCCAAGUAUCCGGACCUGACGCUCAUUUCCAGCACGGCCGACUCGAGCUGCUUGCCGGAUGAAAUACCUGAGGGCACCUGGGUGGAUUACCACAAUUACAACACCCCGGACAACCUUGUAGCCCAGUUUGGUCAGUUUGAUAACAUCAACCGUACUGUGGGCUACUUCAUCGGCGAAUACUCGCGUUGGGAAAUCACAUGGCCCAACAUGAAAAGUUCAGUUGCAGAGGCCGUAUACAUGAUCGGCUUCGAGAGAAACAGUGAUCUGGUCAAAAUGGCAGCAUAUGCUCCAUUAUUGCAGUUGGUUAAUUCCACUCAGUGGACGCCGGAUCUCAUUCCGUUCACUCAGGACCCCGAGAUGGCCUGGGGAAGUACGAGCUAUUAUGUUCAGAAGCUCUUCUCCGAAAACCGUGGAAGCACCAUCAAGGAGGUGACCUCUGAUUCUGGCUUCGGUCCCGUGUACUGGGUGGCUUCAAACUCGGGCGACACAUACUAUGUCAAGCUGGCCAACUAUGGCGAGAAGUCCGAGAGCGUGAGCGUAACGGUACCGGGAGCGAAGGCUGGAACACUCAGUCUUGUCUCAGACAGUGAUCCAGAUGCUGCGAACACCGACCUGGAGCAGAAUCUGGUGGUUCCCUACGAAAAUCAAGUGAAAUCCAGCAAUGGCACCUUCACAUUCACGAUGCCCGCAUGGGGUGUGGGCGUCCUCGCCGUCCACUGA